CGCCCUGCUCCUUCUCCACUUUGGGCCAACAGAGACGAUGAACAGGGCAGCGACAUCGUCCGCGGCCGGAUCCCUCGGUAAGCGUGGGACGCACCAUGCGAGGCGGCGGCAAUCGACCGUGUCUCCUGCACUUCGGCAGGACCUGUCGGAAGGAGGCGAAAACGAUCCGCUGCUCGACGCCGAGGCUGCAGGCGACGAUCAGACCAAGGUCCUGCCGGAUCGAUGUGCGGCCGAGGUCAUCUACCCGCUCGUCCACACGGUUCGCAACGACGUCAAGACGACAAUCGAUGCCUAUCUGGAUUGGCAUGAGCUGACCUCGCUGGAGCUCAAUUACUCAAUCGUGCGGCCACUGGCGCUCAAGUACAGCCGCUACCGGCAGCUGUCGAUGCUGUUUGUGCUCCUCAUUAACCGGAUCCAAUUCCAGCGCGACGCCGAGAGGGACGUGGCGAUGCAGGCCGUCAACCAGACGAGAGCAGCCCUGUGCGAGCUGCUGGCCAUCAAGCUGCUCCGUACCUUUGCACACGACGGCUUCGAGCUCGUCACCGCCCUCGCAUACCCCUUUAGCCCCUUCCAGGGCGCAGAUGAGGCCACGACCGCCGACGAACUCGUGCCGGGCUAUGAGCAGACAACGAGUGCCAUGGAGCUGGCGAUCAUGAGCAAGGCCAAGAAGUUCCUCAAGAGUCCCCUGGCGCAGCGCUGCAUCAUGGGCAUCUACGAGGGAAGGGUCGUCCUGUCCUACAAGGCCCAACAUGCCAUCGUCGACGACAGCUACAAGAAGAGGCCACUGGGCAUCUACGAUCCAUCCAAGGCGCCCUUUCUCGACCACUACCGGCUCCGAGUGCCUCUGGUGCGGUCGAGGAUCGAAUUUGUCAACUUCUGCCUCCUGCUCCUCUUCUACGUAUGGUGCCUGUCGCAAAAGGGCGAGAUGCACUGGACGACGGCAGAGACAAUUUUUACCAUUUGGCUCUUUGGCUUUGCUCUUGACGAGGCGGCGCAAUUUCAAGAACACGGACUCGGCAUAUACGUCACUUCGCUGUACAACAUGCUCGACUUUACCUUUUGCAUUGUCUCGUUCGUUUGGCUCGGUAUCAGGAUAUCGGCCCUGGUGCGCGGCGAUGCUGGGCAUUCCAACCUGUCGUUCGACACGCUCGCCCUCGGCGCUAUUCUCCUGUGUCCCCGCGUCGCCUCGGUCCUCAUUCAGGACAAUGUCAUCCUGCUUGCCCUCAAGGCCAUGUUAGCCGACUUUGCCUUUUUCAUGGGCUUGGCUGCCGUCUGCUUCAGCGGCUUUCUCUACACUUUUUGGAGCCUUAGCGACCGAAGCGAAUGGACGGCAGGCAAGAUCAUCUGGAUCAUGCUCAAGGUCUGGUUUGGCAACAGCUACGUCGGCUUCGACACGGCCGAGUCGUUUAGCCCCAUCUUUGGACCGCCUCUGAUGGUCUUCUUUGCCGUCAUGGCCAACUCGCUACUCCUCACGAUUCUCAUCUCGCUCCUCUCCAACACCUUUAGCGUCGUGUCUGCCAAUGCAGCCGAGGAGGCCUUUUACCAAUUUUCCUGCAAGACAUUUGCGGGCAUCAGCACCGACGCCCUCUUUAGCUACGUGCCGCCACUCAACCUGCUCGCCGUCGUCACCAUCAUGCCCCUCUCGUUUGUCCUGACGCCGCGCUGGCUGCACAAGGUCAACGUCGUCCUGCUCCGUCUCACCUCGUGGCCGAUUCUCCUCGUCAUUCGCCUCGGCGAGCAGCGCCGGAGCCUCACGCACCUGAUGGGCCUCGAGACGACGACGGAGCGGGCAACGCACAUCAUCAGCUGGCUCCCGCUGCCCCGGAGCGGCAAGAGCGACAAGGACAUUGUCGAGGCCGUCUUUUCGAGAGCCAAGACGAGCCCGCUGGACGGCGAAGGAUGGGAGCGGUGGGCCGAAGAGGCUGCCGUCCAGGCGAACCCGGAAGACGGCGCCGAGGAGCAGCGCGAGGCAACGCCACCGUCCACUCCACAGAGGCGUGACGGAAAGAGCUACGGAGCAGCACAGUCCACGAAGCCGCUGUCGGCCUCAACGUGCCAGGGCGACGGCCCGUCUCCGCCACCAGCGGCUGCUGCUGCUGCCGCCGCCGCCUCCUCGUCGUCGUCUUCAGGGCAAAAGGACAUGCGCAGGAGCAGGACAUUUGACGUGGGAGAGAACAUGCAACGUCGCAAUGGCACCGUGGACACGUCGAGGGCGCUGGGGUCCCUCUCGAGCCCGCUCGCGCGCAUCUUCGGACGCACCAGGACAUUCUCGGAUCAACACGCGCCGAUGGACAUCAACGCGGGCAACCCGACCACAGGCCGGCCGCGCAGCCAGAUCGAACGCGGGAAUGAAGGGGCAGAAGAGGGUGCAGCGGGGCCUGCGACUCGGGACCUCAUCCUCAGUCUCAUGGAGAAGAUUGAAAGGCAGGAAAAGGCCCAGCAGAGAUUGGAGGAUCUCCUGCUCAAGCUGGCCGAAGAUCGGGGAAAUCUCUGA